AUGAGCAACUCCGUUCAGGACCCAAACACCACUGAGGCCACCAAGCCUGUCGAGACCCCGAUGGAUGGACAGGAGAAGGCCGAGAAGGGCAAGGGCAAGGCUGCUCAGCCAGACGCUAUGGACGAGGACGACGAUGACGACGAAGAGGAGGAGGAAGAGGGCGAGGGUGAGCCAGAGGAGGCAGACGAGGACAACAUGGAAGAGAUCGACAUGGACAACAUCGUCAGCAGCCGUACUCGUGGCAAGAACAUCGACUACGCUGAGGCCGCUAAGAACCUCCAGGAGGACGAUGAGGAUGACGAGGAUGAUGAGGACUUCCAAGAUGACGAGAUGGAGGAUUGA